AUGUUACAAACUGCUAUUGAUGAUGAUUUCAUUCCUAAUUUUGAUAGGAAGCUUCUGUUAAAACAGCUAUUGAAACUUCCCUUAUCUACUUUAUGUGAUUUGACAAUAAACUGGACCUCAAAAUUUGGUAACUCCAGUAAUAAAAAUAUAGAUUCUUUACAAGGUAUAUUAGAACAUUAUAAGAGGAAGAAAGUGAGGAGACGGGUAGUUGCUAGUAGGAUUUUGUUAGAAUAUUGGCCAUUGGGUUUGAACCUCUAUCAGAUCGCACAAAUUGACUGUCAUCUUUUGAUUCAUAAACCUAAUAAUUACUAUUGGAAUUCAGCAACUGCAUGGAAGGCAAAUAAUGAGAAAGCAUUGUUGAUUAUAAAUCCUGAUAAAUUUAUUAAGAACUUGAAGGAAGAUCUUUCUAAAUUUUAUCUUUCAAAUAUAUAUAUUUUCAAACAUCCUGAACUACCCUUAAUCAUAUGUCGAAUUCAAUUAUUUGAUUUUAAUAAUAUGUUUUUAACAGCACUACCAGAAAGGAACCCAGAUGGUAAGAACGACAUUCAAAGUAUUGAAUUAGACGUUAGGACUUAUCAAGAGAGGGAAUUGACUUCAAGGCGGCCAUUUUACGUUGCAUUCCCAGAAAAUUCUUCAAUAGUGAUACAUUCGUCUGAUUCAGAUAGUUAUGCUAAACUGAUACUACAGAGUGUUCAAAAGACGUUAUCUGAGCGUGUACCUGUACUUCUAAAACCUAAUGAAGACACACCGGUGCGAUCAUUAGACGCCAUGAACGUGAUUAAUGGUAUAUCCAGGUACUCUCAAGCAUUUGGACCAUGGAAGAAUUACGCAGAUGCAUCAUUCGAUAUAUCACCAUUCAGUAAACCGAAUGAACAUAUAUCGAUCAAUGGUAAAAGGAUAAUUAUAAAUGAUGAUGAUGAUAAAUCGGCUAAUAGCAGUAAUGUCAUUAAGCGGAUCAAGCUAGAGAAUAAUAUGUUAAAAUUCAAAGGAACAAAAGAAGGAGUACGAAAAAUAAACAUAGAAAAGAGUAUAUCUGAACGUAACAAGACCGGAGGAUUGUUAAGCGACAUAGAUGUCACAACAAACAAGAAUAAAUAUCCGUCACCUUAUACCUCGUUAAUUCCAAUUUCAAAAGUUGAAUUCACAAUGAUAAACACAAUAGAGGAAUCACAAGAAGAUGUCGCUAUAAAAUUCAAAUUAAAAGGCAACGAUAUAUUUGGAGGAUUGCACCAACUAUGUGACCAAGAAUUAAUUGACGUUUCAAAGGUUCCUGGUUGGUUAGCUGGUGAAAACGGCAUCUCAUCAGGCAAAAUCAUCAACGGAGAUUUCCAAAAGGAAUUCAAAAGGAAAAGAGGAGGAUUAUUACAAUAG